AUGCCGGACGAGCUGACGGAGCCCGGGCGCGCCACGCCGGCCCGCGCCUCCUCCUUCCUCAUCGAGAACCUGCUGGCCGCCGAGGCCAAGGGCGCGGGGCGCGCCACCCAGGGCGACGGCGGCCGUGAGGACGAGGAGGAGGACGACGACCCCACGGACGACGACCCCGAGCAGGCGCGGCGGCGGCGGCUACAGCGGCGGCGGCAGCUGCGCGCGGGCACCGGGCCUGGCGCGGAGGCGCGGGCCCGGGCACUGCUCGGGCCGGGUGCGCUGGGCCUUGGGCCCCGGCCGCCCCCCGGUCCCGGGCCGCCCUACGCUCUGGGCGGCGGAGGCGCGACCCGCUGGUACCCACGCGCGCACGGCGGCUACGGAGGCGGCCUCAGCCCUGACACCAGCGACCGGGACUCCCCGGAGACCGGCGAGGAGAUGGGCCGAGCGGAGGGCGCCUGGCCGCGGGGCCCUGGGCCGGCCGCCGCGCAGCGCGACGCGGCGGAGCUGGCGGCGCGGGGCCCGGCGGCCGGGGCGGAGGAGGCGGCGGAGCUGGCCGAGACCCCGGCGGCGGCGGCGGCGGCGGGGGAGGCGCGCGGCGCAGGCGGCGGCCGCAAGAAGAAGACGCGCACCGUGUUCUCGCGCAGCCAGGUCUUCCAGCUCGAGUCCACCUUCGACCUGAAGCGCUACCUGAGCAGCGCCGAGCGCGCCGGCCUGGCCGCCUCGCUGCAGCUCACCGAGACGCAGGUCAAGAUCUGGUUCCAGAACCGCCGCAACAAGUGGAAGCGCCAGCUGGCGGCCGAGCUGGAGGCGGCCAGCCUGUCCCCGCCGGGCGCGCAGCGCCUCGUCCGAGUGCCGGUGCUGUACCACGAGAGCCCCCCGGCCGCCGCGGCCGCCGGGCCCCCCGCCGCGCUGCCCUUCCCGCUGGCGCCCGCCGCGCCCGCGCCGCCCCCGCCGCUGCUCGGCUUCUCCGGGGCGCUGGCCUACCCCCUGGCCGCCUUCCCGGCGGCCGCCUCCGUGCCCUUUCUGCGGGCGCAGAUGCCGGGGCUGGUGUGA